GGAGCAAUCGGUGUAAAGACAAUUUAAUUGUGAAUGCUAGAUGCACUGGUAUGUGAAAACUCUCGACUCCUGCUGCUUGCUCUGUUCAGUGUCUGUUCACAGUUUGGUGGGAUUUGAUGGAAUGAGAAGAUGAGGCCAGAAGCUACUGUGAUAUUCCAGUUUAGGCUGAUAGAACUGAGGACUAGCAAAAUUGUAGUUAUAUGUACACAUAAAAAGGGAGGGGCGUCUUGUCUUGAGAGUCAUGUUGCGGACAUAACUAGACCAGCAGUGCUAUAGCAGUGUUACCUCUGUUAAUUGCUUAAGCCUUUCUGGCCCUACAUUUUACACCAGAAUGGGCAAGUAUAAGAAAGUGAUAAGUUUCCUACAAAGCACAACAAAGGAGCAUGCAUAAGAUUUUCAUUUUAUUUUGACUUUCCUUCUCAUUGAACUUAAAUGAACCAUAAUGAUUAAAUUAAUCGGUUCGUGUCAGUGAAAGCUUUUUGAAAUGAUUUACUAGUCUAUAUCUAGAACACAGCCACGUGAGAAAUCUGAGUAUCAAAAGCAUUCUUUGUAGUUUUUUUACAGGAAAAUGUCACAGUCAUGUGACAACUAUUACAUGAGUUGAAUCUGAUUAUUGAAGAGGAGUGAAAUAUAUGAAGUUUAGCUGUAAAUGAGGGAAUUCCUUUAUGGCCCAGUGGUUGGCGCGUUGGCCCCAGAGUGGGAAGUUAAGCAACGUUGAGCGCGGUCAACCUUUGGAUCGUUGACCGGCGCGUACAAUACACCGCCGACUUUCUUUGGAUGCCUUUAGUUACCAUUGCAAAGCUUUUGAAAGGAAAUGCUCUUCAUUCUCCAGGAUAGAUAUGGGGAGGGGAAAACCCACAUCUAGGUCUAGAACCAGUUCCAGAUUCAGAAUUCAGUUUCAGUUUCAGUUUCAUAUCAAUCUAUUUCAUAUCUCAACAGUACUAGAUAAAAGAAGAUUUUAAGUCUCUGUUUCUUUCCUUGUUUGCGACAUUCUUUAGCAACUUCAAAUUUACGUUUCAUUUCGUAAUUCUGUGACCUUCAACAAAGAGGUUACUGAUCAACUAAGGAGUGGUUGAGUCAAGAAAAUGUCUGCAGGAUUUUUAUGCGGAUGAUAAGGAUCAGGAUACUCAUCAUUUUCUGGAGAUUUUUCCUGUUUUCUAAUUGCCAUUGAAAAGUCUCAACGAUCAUUAACCUUUCUGCUUCACCAUCACAAUGAAGCGAGGAGGGAGUGUUAAAGAACAGACGCCUGUUGUUUCUUCAGGCGUUCUGAAGCAACGGGUGAAGAGGGAAGGUGCUUGUAGUGACGACAAAGCAGGUGUUGAACGAGGAUCACCUGUGGCUGAGGUGACGAGUAUUCCUUUAGGAGACUUCAACCUUGAUAAACUUACUGCAGGUUUUUACCAAAUACAGAAAACUUGUGAAGAUAUGCCCGGAAAUAACAGAGUUGGAGACCAAUUUCGGACUAGUGUUGAUUGGCAGAGUGAAGGUCAGUGUGGCCAUCGGACUCUUCCUUUGAUGGAAGGUUCAGAUUUUGACUGUAAAAUUCCGAUGCAGAGUAGCAGCAAUCGUGACAAUUCUAUCUCAAGGGGUCAUAGACAUAUUCCUGUUCCAGAUGAAGUUUCUUCAGAUCUUUUCUUUAAAGUCUCUAAGGAGAAUGUAAUGUUGAAACGGCAACUGGCAGCUGUGAAAAAAGAGCUGGCAAUGCGACAGUCUUCUGGAGACUUUACCCAAUUGGACAGGCACAUACAGGCCCUGGAGAAGGAGAAAUUACAUCUAAGGCAAGAGCUCAAGAGAGUCAACAGCAUGUUGAUUUCCGAUGGAAAUGGUCAUGUGAUACACCAUACAGUGGACGAAAUAAUUGACCCGCGCCAAGAUGCUUUGCAGCAACUCCUGAAUGCAGAAAAGGAUAAAAAUAGAAAAGUUGAGGAAGAAUGCUGGCUGCUUAAAGAGCAGGUUAAGGUCUAUGAGGAGGACUUCCAUGCCGAGAAAGAGCAGCAGAAAAAGAAGGAGAUCUCGUGGGAUACCAAGUUUACAAUAAUCAGAGCCACAAAUGAAAAGCUUGCACGUCAGGUGAAAGAGAAGGAUAUGGUGAUAGAGCAACUGCAUACUCAGUAUCGGAAGGAAUUCGAUAGCAAGAUGAAAAUACAGGAGGAUUUUGAGAAACGAAAACAUGAGCCAUUCCAAGCUACUACAAGUACACCAGGAUCUUAUCCAUCUAGUCAGAGAUCUUAUAUGAUGUCAGGUGCGAGUUAUGAACUCAAUCACUGUGGGAGUUGACCCGGAUGAUGUUUUCGUCAAUAAGUGAACUGGAGAGUCAUUGAAAGACAAGUUGCAUUUGCGGUAGAUAACCUGGUGGAUAUCAAACGUGUAGAAAUUCAUUGAAGAAUUUUUAUGUAGAACAUUGUACAUUCAUUAUGAGAAGAAGCCAGAGGCAACUGUGAUAUUUAUAGAUAGACCUAGUCGAAACUAGGAAAAACGUUAAAUAUACAUGUAAAAAUGUACAGUUUUAUGCUUUUACGCUUAUAAGUUUCUUUUACGCUCAUGGGGUCAGCCUUUGAUGUUUCUGACAUGAUUAGAAGUCACAUUGAAAUUUCAUCGACAUUUCCAAUGUAAAGUAUUUGUAUUACUGGUAGAGGUUCUCAUGCUUAAUUUUUACGGCACUGAUUCUUUGUGUCUAUCCCUUUAAGAUUUUUACGAAUAAAGGACUUGUACAAAAAAAAGAUGAAUAAAAAUAUAUAUUAUUAAGAACUAGA